CCAAUAUUCGACAAGAUUUGGCAUUCAUAAAAGCUAACUUCAUGUUCAUCGCAGACAAGAUCAAAAUAUUAGAAGCGAAAGGACUUGAAUUGAAAAAGUGUAUAGAGCUGUAUGAAAAAGUCCAUUCUAUCUUAGGCACAAUGACCGACGGCCGUUUUUUGAAGAAGUUCGAAGAAGUGUUAUCUCGGAAUGUUGGAUAUAGUUCUUUGCUUGAAAUAAAUGGUGUUUUGAAUGGAGAUUCACGAGCUAGUGAUUCAAAUGGAUAUAUAACAGCGUUGACACCAUGUGAAAUAACAUUUUUUAAAUUUGUUGUUGCUAUAUCGGUGGAUGUAGAACGUUCCUUCUCAACCUACAAGUCAAUUUUAACUGAAAAACGGCGGUGUUUCUCAUUCGAUAGUCUGAAACAACAUCUUGUUUUGACUUGCAACAAUGAAUUACUAUAAGUAUCUGGCUAACUAAAAUAAAAAUGUUUACUAGCCCAGGAGAAAACAAACUACCUUUUUUGUUUUUUCGGUAUUUUUUGAGAGAUUUUCGAAUAUUAUUUUGGGCUUUUUUUUGCAUGUUUUCAUACAUAUUUUGUCUUUUAUUGCAUUUUUUCGUGCAUAUUCCAGAGUUUUUCAUGCAUUUUUGCAUGCAUAUUUUGGCCUUUUAUUUUUCAUGACUAUCACAGCUCUAGUGAUUAGCCUGCCGCUUGUAAUCUAUUUUCAUUUCUCACAGGGUAGGUGACUAGGCUGCCGGUAUAUAUAUAUAUAUUUAAAAUUCCAAAUUGAAAAUUUGUCUACUUUCCAAUCACAAUUGUAGAUUUUCUUCACUGAUUUGAAACUGAAGAAGUAUUCAGUAAAUAUUUUCGUUUGUCACACUUACAUUCGUAUCUGUUUAACUUCUUUUUGCAAUUAAUUUAAUUUUCCUUUUAUUUUGAAUAACUAUUACGAAUUAACAAAAAGGAAUAUGUUUUCCCCCAUAAAUAAAUUAGCAAUAGCUGAAUAUUCUGCUGAAUUGAUGGUAUAUUUCGAGAAACAUAAAAUAAUUGAAAUUGUAACGCGCUUGAUGUCUGAAAUCGGUCUUAUCCGCCCGACCAAUCCACAACAUUGGAUCGCCACAAAUAUUCGACGAAUCGCCGACGAAUUUUAUCAUAAAUGCCUAAAAGCUAGCUAUACCGGCAGUAAAAUCGACUAUUACCAACUGCCUCGACACUUUCACCAUCGUAUAGUAGUAUUCGGGCGAAGCGGUUCCGGUCGCAAAACUCAAGCAAUUGCUAUGGCAAAACAUUUCAAUCUAAUUUAUAUUGACGCCGAACAAUUGAUUUAUGCAACUUUCUUUCGCAACGACAAUUUAACCCAAAUGCUGCAUAGAGCAUUCGCCGAUGAUGUGGCAAAGGAUAAAUCAGCUGCUUUAUGUAAAAUCAUACAGCAACGUUUAAUACAAAUGGAUGCCUUACGUCAGGGUUGGGUUCUGAUAAAUUAUCCACGCAAUGUUGAGGAAUUCACUGAAAUGUUUGAAAAAUUCAAAAUCCCACCCAACAAAGUAGUGUACUUGCAAUGCCCCGAAUUAAUAGCAAUGCGACGCUUAGUUUCAAGACCCGAUUUGGGAUGCCCACAAAAUACCUGCGAGUACAUAGAGCAAGAGAUGACAUAUUUCACCCGUAACGAACUAGCUGUAAAUGAAUAUCUUGCACGUCGCCACGAGACAAUCUAUGUAGACUCAACACCUUGUUUCGAGGCGGUGCGCACAAACCUGUGGACACAAAUGGAGCGUUUGCCUUAUGUAAUGGGGUAUAAAGCUUGAUAGCCGGCUUUGAAAUUACUAAAUUUGUAUGUAGUUUAUAGAGGCGAAAAAAAUAAGGAUGCACCUACGUAUUUCACACUGUAUACAUAUGUAGAUGUGAUGAUUAAAAAUCUUAGCAAUAUUACAUCUAAAUUCAGCGUUAGUUCUAACAUAUUGAAAAGUACGAGUAUUGCUUUAAAAAAUAAAACUAGCAGAAAAAUUACAAAUGUUUAUAUUUUAAAUGUACUUGCAUUCGGUUUAAAAAUCGAUGCAAUCCGAAUAUAU